AGGCACCCACUUCGUCCCGGUUAGGGCUCAACCCACACAAAAAAGGCGAAAAUUGCCCUGCGGGUACGCCAAAGCCAGCGAAUUUUGUGAGUGUUGUGUGUGUUGAAUCAAGCCAGCCCCAGCCCGCCAAACCCUCCCUCCCAAGAGAUCGCGAACUUUGUUCCCUUUUUGCACGGCCAGACGAAAUCACCAGUUUCAAAGUCAACACACAACAGACUUUCGAAUCCCUACCAGUCAAAAUGUCCCACCCUGGUGCUCAGAUCUCCAAGCGGAGAAAGUUCGUCGCCGACGGUGUCUUCUACGCCGAGCUGAACGAGUUCUUCCAGCGCGAGCUCGCUGAGGAGGGCUACUCCGGCGUCGAGGUCCGCGUCACCCCCACCGUCACCGACAUCAUCGUCCGCGCCACCCACACCCAGGAGGUCCUCGGCGAGCAGGGCCGCCGCAUCCGCGAGCUCACCUCCCUGAUCCAGAAGCGCUUCAAGUUCCCCGAGAACUCCGUCUCCCUGUACGCCGCCAAGGUCCAGAACCGCGGUCUCUCCGCCGUCGCCCAGUGCGAGUCCCUGCGCUACAAGCUGCUCAACGGUCUUGCCGUUCGUCGUGCCUGCUAUGGUGUCCUGCGCUUCAUCAUGGAGUCUGGCGCCAAGGGCUGCGAGGUCGUUGUGUCUGGAAAGCUCCGUGCUGCUCGUGCCAAGUCCAUGAAGUUCACCGACGGCUUCAUGAUCCACUCUGGUCAGCCCGCAAAGGACUUCAUCGACAGCGCCACCCGCCACGUCCUGCUCCGACAGGGUGUCUUGGGUAUCAAGGUCAAGAUCAUGCGCGGCUCCGACCCCGAGGGCAAGGCCGGCCCCCAGAAGUCGCUCCCUGACGCCGUCACCAUCAUCGAGCCCAAGGAGGAGCAGGCUGUUCUCCAGCCCGUCAGCCAGGACUACGGCGCCAAGGCCGCCCAGGCCGCCCAGGGCAGCCAGGACGUGCGAGUCGCCGAGCAGGAGGGUGCCGUUGAGGAGGCCCAGCCCGCCGCUGAGGAGCAGUAGGAUGCUUCCGCCGGUGGUGAAUGGUGAAGGGAAAAAGGGUCUUUGUGUGUGUGUUAUUUGCAAAUGGGAGGAAAAGAACCUAAAGCAAAGGAACAAACGUUUUGUGGG